CUUUUUGAAAAAGAACAACAAGAUGAUGAUGGAUGACAACAAGAAGAUCGGCCUCGGCCUGAUUCUUCUUGCGAUACUAUUUUUCGCGCUCUCACUACUAUUCAUGCUGGAUAGAGCAUUCUUGGUCAUGGCUAAUAUGGCUUUCAUUGCUGGUUUCGUAAUGCUAAUCGGAGUAUGGGGAACCCUCCAAUUCUUCAUGAGAAGGACAAAAAUAAAGGGAUCUAUAAUCUACUUCAUUGGAUUUGUGAUGAUAAUAAUGGGAUUCCCUUUCUUCACGCUGACUGGCUUCAUUCUCCAAAUCUACGGAGUAUUUCUCCUGUUCAGGUCGUUUAUUAAAACAAUAUUCGCGUACAUGCAGACGAUGCCUGUGAUCGGAGGCUUCCUCAGAAAAAGCACUGCCAUUCAUAAGCUAGUAGACAUGGCAGGUUCUGAUGGCUCUCAGAAGGAGAAGGCCGAAGUCUAGACUAGUAACGGCCAGAGCCUCAUACUGUGUAAUUGUUAAAGAAUGAGAAUUAGGAAAGCCAUUUUG